AAGAAGGGUGACGAAAAUGCAGGAAGUAAUUAAUUAGCUAAGGAGAGUUAGUCAAGAAAACUGAGGUACUUUCAAGGCUGCGAUGUCCUGCUUUGAGAGUGAUAAGAGCAGCCUGGAGAAUGAUGGAGCGUGUUGUGGUGGGGCGGCCGCGUCACAGCUGUCCAACUGUGCGCUGGCCAUGCUGGAGAAAGAGAGCAGUGACUCUGCGCUGAGCCCCACGGAGAGUACCCCCACCAGCCUACAGGGCGGCGCCCCACUGCAAGGCUACGACGUGGAGUUCGACCCUCCGCUGGAGAGCAAGUACGAGUGCCCCAUCUGCCUCAUGGCCCUGAGGGCAGCCGUGCAGACGCCGUGCGGCCAUCGCUUCUGCCGCAGCUGCAUCGAGAAAUCCAUCCGUGAUACAGGGCAGAGGUGUCCAGUGGAUAACGAGGUACUGCGGGAAGACCAGCUGUUCCCAGAUAACUUUGCCAAGCGGGAGAUCCUCUCCCUAACGGUGCGCUGCACCAACGUAGGCUGCACUGACAAAAUGGAGCUUCGCCGCCUGGAUGGCCAUGUUACGAAAUGUGAGUUUGCCACCGUGCCUUGUCCGCUGUGCCAGGAUGCGGUGUGGAAGAGCCAGCUGGAGAUGCACCAAAGCCAACACUGCCAGCGGAGACCUGUGUCCUGCCCCGACUGUGUAGAGAGCUUUGUUUACGAGGACAGCAAGAUUCAUGAGUCGCUGUGUCCCUUUGCCAACGUGGUGUGUCAGUACUGCGGUAUGGAGCUCAUCAGAGACCAGUUGGAAUCUCACUAUGACACAGACUGUCCGAAGGCUCCGAUUGCCUGUACCUUCAGCACUUUUGGAUGUCGAGAGAUGAUGCAGCGUAAUGACCUGGCGCAGCACAUGCAGGAGUUCACUCAGAUGCACAUGCGCUGCAUGGCUGAGUACCUGCACAGGCACAGCCUUACGGGCUACACCCAGCCACCUUCUUCUGAGGACCGAGGGGCUGCCGCCGCAGAGCUGGGGGCACACCCCGGAGCUAGCAGCAGUGGCGCCCCCUGCCAGUGCUGCGGGGAACUGCAGACCAUGCGGGAGACCACCCAGCAGCUGGAGGGCCGUCUCGUGCGGCAGGACCACCAGCUCCGUGAGCUGAGCAUUCAGGCGGGGCUGGUGGCGGAGCUCCGUCGUAAGGUCACCUCGCUGGAGGAGAACCUGAAGGAGCUGGAGGCCAAGCAGUGCCAGGGCGUGUACGUGUGGCCCUUGGAGGGCUUCUCGGGCUACCUACGUACCCAGGCUGCAGGACAGCCUGUUGUGGUGCACAGCCCUGGCUUCUACACGGGCCGGCCGGGCUACAAGCUGUGUCUGCGCCUCCACCUCCAAACGCCCUCGGCACAGCGCUGCUCCAACUACAUCUCACUGUUCGUUCACACCAUGCAGGGGGAAUUUGAUGGGCAGCUGUCGUGGCCCUUCCAAGGCACCAUCCGGCUGGCCGUGCUGGACCAGGGGCCUGAGGGCCAGCACCAUGUGGAGGUGAUGGAGACCAAGCCCGACCUGCAGGCCUUCCAGAGGCCCACCAUCCAGAGGAACCCCAAGGGCUUUGGCUAUGUCACCUUUCUGCACUUGAUGGAGCUACAGCAGCGGGGGUUUGUGCACGACGACACGCUGCUGGUGCGCUGCGAGGUGACGCCGCGCUUCGACACCGCCCUAAGGCGCGAGGGGGCGGCCAUGCAGCCCAGAGGGCCCGAGGCCUCGCUGUGAGGACACUUUUAACGUUCCAAGUGACGAGGUCAAACGCCACCAACGUUAUCAGUACAAAGUAUCAGUUUGCCAUUUUCCUGAGUUGUUGUAUCACACAGGAUCAUUGCAUUGGGUUCAGUCAUGACCAACAUCAUGGGAAAGUGUACGGCUCAGUUGUGGGUUUUAUCUCCAACUCCAAAAGGCUUUUCUUUGCUGUAGCUGUUGAGUGAUGGACUGGAUGUUGGUGGCGAUGAACAACAAGGUUUCCUGCAACAAGUUGAGAGCUUGGGGCUGUAUGGGUUUUAUCUGCAUUUUUGUCAAGAUUGAGUUAUUGACAUUAGCCUUAUUCUGUUCAAUGUUCUCUACCUAUAUAUUCCUCUAAAUACCCCAAUUCAUGUUAAGUUCAAAAGAAUACAAGAUUUAAAAAAAAAAUAGCUGACACCGUUCAAAUCAAUGAGGGUUCAGAACUUUAAAGCCGAUCUCACAAUCAUCUAUUUGCAGACAGAACGUUCAAAGUCCCAAGCUCUGUGUUCCAUCACUGAUCCAGCAAUGUGUCGCAGGCUACUGUACUGCUCAAAAUAGAUAGGAUUUCAAAAUGUCUUAUGGUGCCUACAUUAGGUUGUAAUAAACAUGACUUUGGUUUCAGUGCAUCGUUCUUUGUGACAGAUUUGUAGUGGAGACCGACAAAGUCUUGUUAAUUAUCAUAACAGGCUAUUACAGUUUAUGAUAUUUAUGUCAAGCACAAAGUCAUGUUUAUGACAACGUUAUGAUGGCAUUAAAGAAGCCAAUUAAAUAAGAUGUUACUAGAAGUGUAUUUCUGUUGGCGAUUAGGAAGGGGACAGAGAUACUCAAUCAAAUGAAUCCCUUUUAGCGCUUUCUACAAAGCACAGUGAGGGCUGGGGCAGGACCAUCUGUAGGCAGGAGAUGACCAGACGCAGAACUACCUAUCAACUUAUUGUACAUCCUGGAUGAAGAGAGUGAGGAUCACUGGCAUUUCCCUGGUCUUCUGGUUGGAGGAUCAUACAGGGAAGAUGGGGCAACGGUCCUAACCUGGUCUUCUGAUUGGAGGAUCAUACAGGGAAGAUGGGGUAACGGUACUAACCUGGUCUUCUGGUUGGAGGAUUAUACAGGGAAGAUGGGGCAACGGUCCUAACCUGGUCUUCUGGUUGGAGGAUCAUACAGGGAAGAUGGGGCAACGGUCCUAACCUGGUCUUCUGGUUGGAGGAUCAUACAGGGAAGAUGGGGCAACGGUCCUAACCUGGUCUUCUGGUUGGAGGAUCAUACAGGGAAGAUGGGGCAACGGUCCUAACCUGGUCUUCUGGUUGGAGGAUCAUACAGGGAAGAUGGGGCAACGGUCCUAACCUGGUCUUCUGGUUGGAGAAUCAUACAGGGAAGAUGGGGCAACUUCCUAACCUGGUCUUCUGGUUGGAGGAUCAUACAGGGAAGAUGGGGCAACUUCCUAACCUGGUCUUCUGGUUGGAGGAUCAUACAGGGAAGAUGGGGCAACGUCCUAACCUGGUCUUCUGGUUGGAGGAUCAUACAGGGAAGAUGGGGCAAUGUCCUAACCUGGUCUUCUGGUUGGAGGAUCAUACAGGGAAGAUGGGGCAACGGUCCUAACCUGGUCUUCUGGUUGGAGGAUCAUACAGGGAAGAUGGGGCAACGUCCUAACCUGGUCUUCUGGUUGGAGGAUCAUACAGGGAAGAUGGGGCAACGGUCCUAACCUGGUCUUCUGGUUGGAGGAUCAUACAGGGAAGAUGGGGCAACGUCCUAACCUGGUCUUCUGGUUGGAGGAUCAUACAGGGAAGAUGGGGCAAUGUCCUAACCUGGUCUUCUGGUUGGAGGAUCAUACAGGGAAGAUGGGGCAACGGUCCUAACCUGGUCUUCUGGUUGGAGGAUCAUACAGGGAAGAUGGGGCAACGGUCCUAACCUGGUCUUCUGGUUGGAGGAUCAUACAGGGAAGAUGGGGCAACGGUCCUAACCUGGUCUUCUGGUUGGAGGAUCAUACAGGGAAGAUGGGACAAUGUCCUAACCUGGUCUUCUGGUUGGAGGAUCAUACAGGGAAGAUGGGGCAACGGUCCUAACCUGGUCUUCUAGUUGGAGGAUCAAUGGGGGAAGAUGGGGCAACGGUCCUAACCUGGUCUUCUGGUUGGAGGAUCAUACGGGGAAGAUGGGGCAACGUCCUAACCUGGUCUUCUGAUUGGAGGAUCAUACAGGGAAGAUGGGGCAACGGUCCUAACCUGGUCUUCUGAUUGGAGGAUCAUACAGGGAAGAUGGGGCAACGUCCUAACCUGGUCUUCUGGUUGGAGGAUCAUACAGGGAAGAUGGGGCAACGUCCUAACCUGGUCUUAAAACAUGCCACAUCUUCCCUGGUCUUCUGGUUGGAGGAUCAUACAGGGAAGAUGGGGCAACGUCCUAACCUGGUCUUAAAACAUGCCACAUCUUCCCUGGUCUUCUGGUUGGAGGAUCAUACAGGGAAGAUGGGGCAACAGUCCUAACCUGGUCUUAAAACAUGCCACAUCUUCCCAGACAAAAGAGCUGUGCAUUAAGACGUCUUCUGGAGAAGAGAUUUCCUGAACAAUGGCUGUGCGUUAGGACAUACAAUAAGCAGUGACAUAUGAAUGAGUUGGUAUACACAGUGGUGUAAAGUACUUAAGUACUACGUGUGUUUUUCUUUUGGUGUUAUCUGUACUUUCCUAUUUAUAUUUUUGACAACUUUUACUCCACUACAUUUCUAAAGAAAAUAAUGUACAUUUUACUCCAUACAUUUUCCCUGACACCCAAAUGUACUCGUUACAUUUGGAAAUGCUCAGGCAGGACAGCAAUAUGGGCUAAUCAUGCAUCUAUCAUUUUGUUUUUAACAUUUUAUUUUAACAGGGAAGAAAUUGAGACCAAGGUUUCUUUUCCAUAUGUGCCCUGUAUAAUACAAUAUAAAUAUACACAACAUAUUACAAUACAAAAUAGUCAUGUUAAGCACUAUUAAAACAUCACAAAUCAUUCAGAGAAAGUUACAUUCCUCCACAAGUAUGUCUCCAAUCAAUACAUUAAAUUGCCUCAAACAGCACCAGAACAUCAAAAUGUAAUGUAUUUAUAUUUUUUGGGUCAAUGUGGUGCAUUUAAGCUAAAACCAGAUUUACCUAGCUCGGUGGAGACCCUAGGAACAUCGAGUUAACGGGUUAGGCAUCUCGGGUGUCUAUACUUCAGAAGAAAAGUUCGAUAAGACGGAAGUUUAUGAAGCAGGGCCUUGUAAACAAAAAGGGAGUAAUGUAGAGACCUAUGGGUCUUUAGCGAAGUCCAGCCAACCUUUUGAUACAGGAUGCAGUGUUGUGAUGAGUAUCAAAUCUGUCGCCCGUAACAACGAAGGCCAACGUGGCAGAUGGAAUCCAUAGCUUUAAGACUAGUAGCAUCUGCAUUUGGAUAAAUAAUCACCAUAAUGGAGAACAGAUGUAAAGGUUGACUGAAUAAUCUGCUUCCUACUGCUGAGAGAAGGGCUCGGUCAUUCUGUAGAAAAAAAGACCGCUUUAAGUCUUAGCUUCUUAACCAGCUCAUCUAUGUUUAUUUUAAACGUCAAAUCCAUAUCAAUCCAAAUGCCUUAUUAUUUAUAUGCUGGAACACGUUCGAUUGGAGAACCAUCUAAUGAGAGAACAUGGAGUUCAUCUGAAACGUUCUUACGAGAGUUUAAAAACAUGUAUUUAGUUUUGUCCAUAUUAGGCACAAGUUUUAAAUCGGCAAGGGAUUCCUACAUAGCUAUAAAAUCGGACUCGUUUUGACACAGCCAGAUCAAUAGGGGCAGCAGGUAGCCGCGUUGGACUAGUAACUGGAAGGUUUCUAGAUCGAAUCCCUGAGCUGACUGUUGUUCUGCCCUAGAAACGGGCAGUUAACCCACUGUUCCUAGGCCGUCAUUGAUAAUAAAUGUUCUCUCUGUGUCUGUCUGUUUUAUUUUGUGGCCUUACAUCACAUCAAUGGAUGUUGACCGUACCGCAUCAUACAGUCGCUACAGUUGGAUGAGGCUAUGGAGCCAUGGAGACAUCCUCACUCACCAGAAUGGAUAACUUACUCUCAUACGUUAAGUCCCACUGGACUUUUGAUUGUUUCUUGUGGAAUAAGUUGAAUAUAUUUGUGUGGACAUGUAUGCCUUACUGUGUUGUGUUGCUUUGCCACAUGUUGCAGUAUGACAUUAGUGCUUUGUUGCAAACAGGAUGCAUGUUUUGGAAUAUUUUUAUAUUCUGUACAGGCUUCCUUCUUUUCACUCUGUCAUUUAGGUUAGUAUUGUGGAGUAUCUACAAUGUUGUUGAUCCAUCCUCAGUGUUCUCCUAUCACAGCCAUUAAACUCUGUAACUGUUUUAAAGUCACCAUUGGCCUCAUGGUGAAAUCCCUGAGUGGUUUCCUUCCUCUGCAGCAGCUGAGUUAGGAACGACGCAUGUAUCUUGUAUGUAAUCCCACUGACAUUAUUGUGUGUCGGCCAGUGACAAAAAAAAUCUAAGUUGAAUCCAUUUUAAAUUCCGUCUGUAACACAACAACAUGUGGAAAAAGUCACGGGGUGUGAAUACUUUCUGGAGGUCCUGUAUGUUGUCCUGCUUGAAGUAUGUUAGGCUGUAGCAGGAUCUAUGGGUGCCUUUCUCUGAGAGGGAAUGAAUGUCCGACAUCUAUGUCCAAUGUCCAACAACAUGGACACUUGCGUGAUGAAUGGUUGUCUCUACCUUCUUGCCCUUUGUGUUGUUGUCUGUGCGCAAUAAUGUUUGUAUCAUGUUUUAUGCUGCUACCAUGUUGUGCUGCUACCAUGUUGUCAGUUUGUGUUGCUACCAUGCUGUGUUGUCAUAUUGUGUUGCUGCCGUGCUGUUGUUGUCUUAGGUCUCUCUUUAUGUAGUGUUGUCUGUCUUGUCAUGAUGUUUGUUUUGUCCGAUAUUUCAUAUUUUUAAUCACAGCCCCCGUCCCCACAGGAGGCCUUUUGGUUGGCCGUCAUUGUAAAUAACAAUUUGUUCUUAACUGACUUGCCUAGUUAAAUAAAUAAAUCUAGCAAAUGA